AUGAAUAACAACAAGGCGCGUGCGAGUUCCGCAAAGGAGCGUAGCGUAUUCGUCGGUAACAUUCCCUAUGAUGUGACGGAAGAAAUGCUUAAGGAAAUCUUCUCUGAAGCUGGAUCAGUCAUUAACUUUCGCCUCGUGACAGACCGAGAGACUGGCAAGCCAAAAGGAUACGGAUUCUGUGAGUACGCGGAUGGAGCCACAGCACUAAGUGCUAUGCGCAACUUGAAUGGAUACGAUAUCAACGGGCGAAACCUUCGUGUGGACUUUGCAGACGGUGGUGACAAAUCCAGCACCGUAGACCGGAAGCGGCAGGAGAACACUAACAAUACCAAUCGUGCUGGAACUAAUAAUGGCAAUUUUCGAAGUAGUGGAGCUGACGGUGGACAGCCAACGCUCGUGACAGGAGAAAUGGCAAUAAAUGCUAUGGAAUCGGCUAUUGCACGGUUAGGACCAGUUAAGCUCUACGACAUGUUGGUGCAGUUGAAGGAACAUGCACGACAGAAACCGGAAGUGACGAAAAGUAUUUUAAUGGCAAAUCCAGCGCUUACUCACGCCAUCGUACAGAGUUUUAAGUCUCUGCAGAUUCCUAUUCCGUCGUCUACCGAGGCACAACCAGUGCUAUUGGCUCCGCCUCCUCUUAUGAUGCAUCAUCCUACACCGGCACCUGGAAGAAUGAUGCCGCCGCCACCGCGUCCAAUGAUGAGUACGCCUAUGGGAUCAGGACCUGGAAUUUUGGGUAUAGCACCACCUGGUGUUCAGCCAGCUAUGAUGACUUCACAUCCUGCGCCAGCUAAGCCUGGUGGAACACGGUGGAGUGCACGACCGGGACAAUUAGUCACUCAAGGUGCAAGUGGCGCUAUGAAUAAUAGACAAGGUGUAGGAGUCCCCUCUUCUAGUCCUAUGCACGCUCAAUCCCAGCUAGGGUUGAUGCCUGCACCUUCGGGUCCACCCCAGUCUAGUGGAUCCUCCACACUAAACUCAGCCUUCGCGAAUCGUGACCCACGAAGAGUAGGACGAGAUCCGCGUUUGACAAAGAGACCACAUCCAGGUGAGCAACAAGGACUGAUGCCAACACCUGCACCUGGAGAAAAUAACCCCACGAAGCGAGCUAAGUCAAAUGAUGCAGUACCACCUGGACAAUUUGAUGCUAUUACAGAACUUGCCCGUGACAUGACCCCACAAAAGCUUGAUAUGCUGCCGCCGAAUGAACGACAAAUGUUGCUGGCUUUUAUGCAGCAAAACAAUAUUUCGUUUUGA